AUGAGCAGCAAAUUUGCCAAUCGCAGAAAGCCCCGCAAGGUUGGCAGGGAUGACGAGGAGGACGAGGGAGGCGUUGCGCCAGAGCCGGUCGUUAAGCGGCCAGCUUCCUCUAGGCUGAAGCUGAGAUCCAAGUUGCAGUUAUCCUUCGGCCCCGAGACGUCAAACGAUGGAGACCAAGACAGCGAAGUAGUCCCACCAAAACGCCACGGUCUUGGACGCAAGGCAAUAGAACAAAGUGCCGGUCAACUUCCUUCCCUGUUAUCUGAGAAAAUCACUGCACGAGUCGGUCAGGACCAAGACCGGCCUACCUAUAGCCAUGACUACUUGAAGGAACUUCGCGAUUCCACGCCCUCAACGCCGAAGACAACUACCGACGAUGAAACCAGCAAGGUUGUCGAUGUUGCAGCUAAGUUUGGGGAGAUUAUGACUCUCCCGGCACAAGCACAUAUCCCAAGCGAAGCCGAGAUCCGAGAGAAAAAAGCCCGGCGCGCACGCCUAGCUAUGGAACACGGUGCGGAGGACGAGUUCAUUUCAUUGGACGUGAACAAUGCGGCCCACACUGACGACUGGGACGCGGUUGUAAGAGGAGAUAAAGAAGUCGAACAAGAUACAAGACUAGUUCGGGACGACGAGGACUUUGCGGAAGGGUUCGAGGCCUUCACGGAGGAUGGCAAAAUGGCGCUCGGCCGAAAGGCAGAGCGCGAGAAGAAGCGGAAGGAUCGUGAAGCAAUGCGUGACCUUAUUGAGGAUGCUGAGGGUAUCUCCGACGAAGACGAUUCUGACUUGGAGGAAAAGGCUGCCUAUGAAGCCGCUCAGGUUCAUUCGGCCAUGGGUCGUGGCAAGUCAAGCGGUAUUGAUCGUCCGAGGACUCCUCCCAAAGUGACAUCUCUUCCACGACUGGCUAGCAGUUUUGAAAGGUUGCGCAUGUCUCUGACAUCUAUGGAAGUCGCAAAAACACAGAUGAUCAGCCGGAUGGAGGAACUGAGGAAGGAGAAGGCAGAUAUCGCAGUUCGUGAGGUGGAGAUCCAGGCGAUGAUCAAAGAAGCUGGCGAUAACUAUGAGCGACUCAGAAAGGAAGCUGGUGUUGAUCCUAAUACAAAGCUCGAUGGUUCCAAUGGAGCUCUGGAAAAAUCUCGAGGUUUGGAGAGUAUCGGCGCUCCUGUCCCUGUCCCGGUAAGGGACUCCUCAAUGUCGGAUUCCUCCGAUUCUAGCUUCGAGGAUUCUUCAUAA